AUGAACCAUCACCAUCACGCCCCUGGACAACACCCCAUUGCAGGACUGCACGCCGCAAUUCAUGGUCACAUUCAUCGUCACGUCUGCAUACUUGAGAGCGAUGGAUAUGAUCAAGCAGCUGUAGAAAAGCAAAAUGAGGAGCUAAUCAAGGAUAAUGCCAAAGCACAGGCGGAAAUUCAACGACUUCGAGAUUUACUAACAGGUCAUGACAUCCCGUGGACAACUUCUUCCAAAGGAAGCUCGAACAAAGUCGUAAGACGCCCAAAGAGAGCACCAACCUCAACACUUGAAUCCACUCGUACAUUGAGAGCUCGGACUGGAAGUGUCGUCACUAGAUCAUCAACGGCCGCCGACAAACAACCUUGUUUGCCCAUUGAAAUCGUCCUUCGGAUUUUACGAUAUGCAGUCACGAGUCCGGUACCGAUUAUUGAUCCUUUCUUCAAGCUUCGUAAGGGAAACUGUACGAGGGAAGAAUAUAUCAGUCGGAAGUACAUCUCGAUCAAUUUCCUUGCUACAUCCAAGGCUUUACGCGUGGAAGGUAUUCGCUUGCUGAUUAAAUGCAAUACUUUUAUCUUCACUCAAGUCGGAGCAUUGCAGAAUUUUCAAAAGAUUCCGUCUGAACUACGCUCGACGAUUGAAAAUUUGACUCUCCGCGUUGUGGGACAAUAUUACGAUGAAGUGGCUCGGAAAUUGGAUCUUAGUGGCGCUGAGAACUACCAUCCGAAGGUUGAAAAACUGAUCAUGCCGAUUCUGGCUCGUCCUCCAGGCUUGUACCACGAUGAAGGCGUCCAGUCGUAUUGCUGGCUGCAACUUUCAGAUUUCCUCAAGGCUAUGAUGUUUCAUCCUCCUGCAACCGGUUCCUCGUCUUCGUCGACACGAGAAUACGAAAGUUUGAUUCCAUCGCUGAAAGCAUUGCGGUUGGAUUUGGUGAACUUUUGCGAUCAUUUGCCAUUCCCUGGACCUCGUUAUGCGUCGGUUAUUCGUUGGUAUGUGGGUAAUAUUGCGGAUGAAGUUAUGUUGACUGGCGCACCCGACUUGGGCGUCGACAACAGUGAAGAAUCCAUGCUCCGCCACAUGGUCCGUAACGAAGGACUCUUCGGAGCAUCCUACCCAGUAUUCGUCUCCAACGCCAACGGCAACGCCCUCCGAACUCUCAGCGACACCAAUUUCCAGCUUGAAGUAAUCCGCGCUAAUCCGAGCCUGAAUCCCAAACCCGCCACCGCAUCUACUCUCCAACACCCCGAAGGCGGCAACCCACCAAAAUCCAAAUACCGCGCCGGCAAAACAAUCUGGAAAUGGGCCACCCCUAACGCCAAAACUCCGAAGAAAUGGAUCGAAUUCGACCGCAAGUCGGGCAUGAUGGUUAAUUUCCUGCCGGAUUUCGAGAUUGAUUCCGAGUUUGAGUUUGAGGAGGAUGAGGAUGAUUCGGAUAUUCUGGAUGGGCUCAGUGAUAGUAGUAUCUACCUAUGA